AUGUCCGUUCGUUUAUUUUCCCCUCUUAGAGCACCAGCUUCAAGAAGGCUUUUUACCACAUGUUCUGUUUGGUCUCAAUUGAAUAGCUCCAAUGUGAAACACCCAAACACCCACCAAGCUCAACUUGAACUUGCAAGGUCUAAAUUCACCCCGCAAGAACUUGAACUCGCACGGCUUACCAGAGAAGCAAAAUUGGGUUGGCUUAAAAAUCUUCCCGAAAAGUGGAUACCGUACCUUGAACUAAUGAGGUUGGAAAAGCCUGUUGGUACCUGGUUGUUGUUGAUACCUUCUUAUUGGGGAAUAACUAUGGCUGCAUAUUCCAUAGCGGCUCCAAUUACUACGACACUUAGUGCAAUUGGAUUGUUCUCAGCAGGUGCACUUAUUAUGAGAGGUGCAGGAUGUACUAUCAAUGAUAUUUGGGACAGGAAUUUAGAUAACCAAGUAGCAAGGACCAUGGAGAGGCCAAUCACCAGUGGAAGAGUGACAGUCCUACAAGCUGUUGCAUGGCUUGGUGUGCAAUGUUUUGCAGGCUUGGGUAUUCUAUUGAGCUUACCCUGGGAGUGUUUCUACUUGGGAGCAUUUUCCUUACCGUUUGUUUUUGCUUACCCCUUGUUUAAGAGAUUUACCUACUAUCCACAAGUUAUAUUGUCGAUUUGUUUUAGUUGGGGCUGUCUUUUGGGCUUUCCAGCGGUAGGAGCUCCUUUGAAUUUGUGGGUGGGGGUGCCUCUAUUCAUCUCUAAUUGGUUAUGGUGUUUGACGUACGAUACAAUUUACGCCCAUCAAGAUAAAAAAUAUGACAUUAAAGCUGGCAUCAAGUCGACAGCAUUGGCAUGGGGUGACAAAACUAAACCAAUCCUCAAAGGCUUGACGGUUGCACAGGCAGGGUUUUACACCAUGGCAGGAGUCAUGAACUCAAUGGGUCCUGCUGUUGGAGUGCAUUCACGUCCAACAUCCAAACUGGAUUCAUCUUUUGGUACGGAAUCCUAUUUGACUAUGUUUUACUUCUAUUAG